CAUGCCCGCCCCCUCCCCAGCCUGCAGGGUUUGCCUGUAACCCUCCGGUGAGGGGCGGGCUGUGGCUCCUGCCUGCGCGACCUUCCCUGUCUGCCCUGCGCCGUGUCCUCCUGCACCGAGCAGGCUGUCGUCCUGGGGCCCCGGAAGGUGUGGUUUUGAGUGCUUACGCUUCAACUCCCUCCCAGUUCACCAGAAGAGUCCUGUCUCACGACAGGCAGUGAACUCAUUUCCCUCUCUGGCAACCACUGAAUUUGAGAACGUCCUGUUUUACCGUCAUCAAAAGAAGUGAAACUGUCCCACGAAAUAAAGUGGAACGCCCCAUGAUGGCCCAGGGAGAGACCAGACUUUCCUUAUGGAGUGACCAGCAGGAGCCCAGAGGGCAGCCCCUGCCUGUCCUGCCGGGUCCCCUAGAGGAUGGCGCACGGCGUGAGCCACUGCAGGUGGCGACAGUCACGAGGCAGACCCUGCACCAGCCCUGCUUCCUUCCUGUCCCCGCACUGCAGCGGCCUCACUGCUCGCCUGCACUGCAGGCCCCUCCUGACUCCCAGGGUCAGCCAAGUGGAGACCCCGACCCACUGGCGCACAGACCCUGUCUGCUCCGGAUCCAGGGGUGGAGGGCACAGAGCGAUGGCCUGCGUCGUCCGCAUGUCCGUUCAGCUGCAGGACCGCCUCCCCACUGCAGACCUGCUCACUUCCCAGAGCUGGUCAGCGAGAAGGUCGGAGGGGCUGAAGGGACCAAGCUUGAUGAAGACUUCAAAGAAAUGGAGAAGAAGGUGGAUGUCACCAGCAAGGCCGUGACGGAAGUGCUGGCCAGAACCAUCGAGUACUUGCAGCCCAACCCAGCUUCACGGGCCAAGCUGACGAUGCUCAACACGGUGUCCAAGAUCCGCGGGCAGGUGAAGAGCCCCGGCUACCCGCAGUCGGAGGGCCUGCUGGGCGAGUGCAUGCUCCGCCACGGGAAGGAGCUGGGCGGCGAGUCCAACUUCGGGGACGCCCUGCUGGAUGCGGGGGAGUCCAUGAAGCGCCUGGCGGAGGUGAAGGACUCUCUCGACAUCGAGGUCAAGCAGAACUUCAUCGACCCCCUGCAGAACCUGUGUGACAAAGACCUGAAGGAGAUCCAGCACCACCUGAAGAAGCUGGAGGGCCGCCGCCUGGACUUUGACUACAAGAAGAAACGACAGGGUAGGAUCCCCGACGAGGAGUUGCGCCAGGCCCUGGAGAAGUUCGAGGAGUCCAAGGAGGUGGCCGAGACCAGCAUGCACAACCUCCUGGAGACCGAUAUCGAGCAGGUGAGCCAGCUCUCUGCGCUGGUGGACGCCCAGCUGGACUACCACCGGCAGGCCGUGCAGAUCCUGGACGAGCUGGCCGACAAGCUCAAGCGGAGGAUGCGGGACGCCUCCUCUCGUCCCAAGCGGGAAUACAAGCCCAAGCCUCGGGAGCCCUUCGACCUUGGGGAGCCGGAGCAGUCCAACGGGGGCUUCCCCUGUGCCACGGCCCCCAAGAUCACACCUUCGUCAUCUUUCCGGUCUUCAGACAAGCCCAUCCGGACCCCCAGCAGGAGCAUGCCCCCCCUGGACCAGCCAAGCUGCAAAGCGCUGUACGACUUCGAGCCUGAGAACGCCGGGGAGCUGGGCUUCCAUGAGGGUGACGUCAUCACGCUGACCAACCAGAUCGACGAGAACUGGUACGAGGGCAUGCUCCACGGCCAGUCGGGCUUCUUCCCCCUCAGCUACGUGGAGGUGCUGGUGCCCCUGCCGCAGUGAGCGCGUCGGCCCGUCCCCACGGCCUGCAUCCCACCUGCCUCUGCAGCCAGGGCUGGGCGUCGGCGCCACGGGGACUGGGACGGGGCAGGCGGUGGCAGGCCCCGCCGGGGAGGCAGGGCCCGCUGACGCUCAUGCUCAUCCACAGCCCCUCUCCACGCAGCAGUCUCAGGGCCGGGCAGUAUUUUCCCUCCCCGUGCCCGCUGCUCCUGGACUGCCUCUCCCCAGCCCUGUGCCCCGAGGGGGUGGACACUAAGGUGCUCUGAGAAACACUAACUUCCUCCCGCCCCUCCAGGAACGCCCCUCCAGGAACGGGCAACUCCAGGUGGGCCCCCUCACUCACUCACGCACACGUGUGUGUGUGUGUGCACAUGCCCUGUCCUGUCUCUGCUUCGUCCCCUUUAUUCUGGGCUGUCCCCCACCCCCCAGGAGACCUGCCCUUAACAGGGUGAGCAGAACAUCCACGCCACUGGCUGUUCUCAGCAGGACCCCUAGCCCAGGCUCACCAGCCGGCUUUUAAAUGACCCCGCAGCACUCCUUCCCAACCCCAACCCCAGGGUUCCCCAGGCCCCGGCACACCCAUGGUGCCACCUCCCUGGGGACACACAAUCCUGGGGUCCUCAGGGUUCCCCUAAAGACUGGCCCUUUCCUGAGCAGCCUUGGAGCUGCUGGCGUCUCCCUCCUGCAGGGCGCUCAGCUCUGCACAGCGGCGCCCUCCUCCCACCCCACUGCCCCGUCCUGCACCCUCUCCUCAGUUCCCACGUGCAGGGUGCCCCAGACAAGCACACAGACGUUUUUCUCUGGCACGAGCUGCCACCACCAGCUGUGCACAUGGCACAUACGUGUGCACCACAAACGGGACCACAGGAGUCUCCAGCCUCUGCUCUGCUGAAGGUCAAACACAGAGGCUUUGAUGAAUGUUCCCAGACCCCUGGCUGCUGGGACUGACCUCAGGAGGGUCCAGGCACCUCCCCCCUCCUCAGCCGGCCACUGUCCCUGCUGCUGACAGUGGCCCCAGCCAUCUCCCUACAGACCCAGGCAGGCAGCUGCCCUGAGCAGCAGAGCCCAGCCCCGCAGCCACUUCCUCUCUUGCCUAGUCCAAAAAUCAGCUCAACUCGGGGACUUUGGGACUGGAUCACAUUCCCCUCCUCUGAUGACUCAGCAAAGCCCUGGGGCCACCAGGCUCUGCUCCUCCUUGAGCACCCCCCAUUGCCAUUCGUGGGGGGAGGCACUGACCUCCUGGCAAAGAUGACCAGCGUAGCCUUGGUCACAGUCGAGGGCAGAUCAAAAUGUAAUCGGAUUUUUUUUUUUUUAAAGUAUUAAAUGUCUCUUUCUAGA